AAGCACACGAACUUAUUAUAUUGUCUAGGCACAGUGCACACGAAUGCAUGUGAAAUAUGAAUAGGUGCUCCGUACCUCCGUACUAUUAAUGCACUAACAAAAUAUGAUAUAUUUUUAUUCAAGAAUAUAUUUUCUAUUUAGCAUCUUGCAGUAUCUUCCAUAUCACACUAGGGGGGAUCUCUUUUGUGACUAUGGAUUCUGGCAAGUGUCGCAUUUUGAAGGAAAAUAUAAUAGAUCCAAAUAAGAAAAGCAAAGACAUUGCUGAUAAAAUUUGUGCUGAUGCAAAUGGAAAAUUAACUAGAUCAAAAUCACGAAGGUUACGAAGAAAACGAGCUAUAGAAAAGUUAUCAAAAAAAAGUGAUAAUUCGUCCCAACUUCUAAAUAACAGCCCAUUGAAACAAGAAUCAAAUUCACAUAAAAGGGAAAUCUCACAUUCUGAAAAUAAUUUGAAUUUGCCAAUUAUUAGUGCUAUAAAUAAUAUGUCUGAUAAAGUGUGCAAUUCAGUUAAAAUUGAAAAAGCAAGAGAAGUUAUGUGUGAACGUGAAGUUCAAAAGUUAGCUAAAUCACAAUUAAAUAACAAAGUUAAUAAAACAGAAUGUAUUUCAACAAAUGUAGAUAAAAUUAGCAAUAAAAUUCAAAAUAUGUCUAGUAAUGAUUCUGAUACUUCAGCGAAAAAGGUAGAAGAAGUAAGUAGUAAACUAAACAACAUGUCCAUUAAUGCGAGGGCAGAACCUUCAAAUGGAAAAUCAAGAGAAGAAAUUAAAGCAGAACGUGAGGCAAAGAAAUUAGCCAAACAACAAGCAAAGAACAAAAAAGUGAAUGCAGGCGAUAACUCCGCAAAAUCAACUGAUAUAUCAAAACAUGUGCCUAAUUCUGCAGAAGCAACUAAAGAUACUGAUAAGGCAAAAAAAACAAUUUUGAGUAAAGAUGAAGUUGAUAGAGCAGUUCUUAUGAACAAAAGCGCUGAUAUAGAAAAGGAAAAACCAGAAAAAUCAAAAGCCGAACUGAGAGCAGAACGCAGAGCUAAACAAGAAGCACAAAGAGCAGCUAAGUUGGCUAAUGUAGAAAAGCCACCUAGUGAACCCCCAACUAACACACAAAAAAUUACUUCAAAAGUCACUCCUGAUACUGAAAAAGCACCUAAGCUGAAUAUGAAGAAAAAAUUAUCCAGCCCAUUACAAAUUCAACAUAAGGUCAAAUUAUUUAGUCAUUUAUACUCGGAAAAGAAUAAUGUCAAGAACUUUUCAACAAUGCAUCCUGCUUUAGUAAGAUUGGGAGAGCAAUUUCGAGAAGGCAUUGUAACAGGAUCUAAUGCUAGAUGCAUAGCAUUUAUUAAUGCACUUAAAAUUGUUAUCAGAGAUUAUGUAACUCCACCUCAAAAGGAAUUCAAGAGAGAGUUGGAAUCAUCUUUAAAACCAUGCAUGGAUUAUUUACAUCAAUGUCGUCCAGUAUCUGUAUCGAUGACUAAUGCUUUGCGCUUUAUAAAGCGUCAGAUAUCUCAACUUCCUACGAAUAUUACUGAUUUUGAAGCAAAAAAUAAAUUAGAAACUGCUAUAGAUGUUUAUUACAAAGAACAAAUUUGUACGGCGGCUGAUGCCAUUAGUGGGUUUGUCCAGAAUAAGAUUGUCGAUGGUGAUGUUAUUUUAACAUUUAGCUGCUCAUCUCUAAUUCAACAAAUAUUUGAAGAUACUUCAAAGAACGGAAUUGAUUUUCAUGUUGUGGUUGUGGAUGGUCGCCCAUCUUUAGAAGGUAGAGAAAUGCUACGCAGACUCAUUGAACGUGGUAUCAAGUGUUCCUAUGUACUUAUUAAUGCAGUUAGCUUUAUAAUGGGAGAGGUGACAAAAGUUCUUUUAGGCGCUCAUGCUCUGUUGGCAAAUGGAUAUGUUAUGUCAAGAGUUGGAACUGCACAAAUUGCAAUGGUUGCACAAUCGUUCAAUGUACCAGUUCUAGUCUGUUGCGAAACUCAUAAAUUUAUUGAACGUGUGCAAACAGAUUCAUUUGUGUACAAUGAAAUAGGAAACCCCGAGAGUUUAAUUUCAUCUACUGAUGCAGGCCCACUUUGUGGGUGGUUGGAUAUGCCAACAUUGAGUCCUCUCAACCUACGUUAUGAUGUCACUCCACCCGAAUUAGUGACGGCAGUUGUGACAGAAUUAGCUAUACUACCAUGUACUAGUGUUCCGGUUAUUCUUAGGAUAAAGCCAACUGAAAUUGGAUAUUGAAGCUUAUA